CACAUUAUAGCUUAGAGUGCUUUUUCCGGGCCUAGUAAAACGAUAACAUUGCUGAAGUCUGAAAGACGAAAACGAGAACGUGUUAGUCGAAAAGAAAAUAAUUAUUGAAAUCUCUCAGACGUUACAUUAACAAAUAUGUUGGAAGACCUCAGUAUCAGCGUCUGAAGACUGUUUAUGGCAUGUCCUUUGUUUACUAAACACACAUUAGCCAACUGAGCCCAGCGCUGAUUAGGUGUCCUCUGCACAUUAUAUGAGCAAGAUCAUUCACCAUGGAAACCGAAGCAGAGGUUAUUCCUAUUUGGCAGAACAAGCCUCAUGGGUCGACUCGCAGUGUGGUGAGGAGAAUAGGCUCUAUUGUACCCAUGAAACCACCGCCCAGGGCAUGUUUCCAGGAACUCCCAGGUCUCCCUCCUCUGCGGCCAAUGGAUGGCCCCACGGUGCCCACACUGGCAGACAUUGCCUGGAUCGCAGCAGAUGAGGAGUCUGAGACCUAUGCCAGAGUGCGGAGCGAUUCACGCCCUCUUAGACAUGAGUGGCGACCCACGCCUCUCCUGGUUAUGCACAGGAACUCCUCUGUGCCCAACUUCCGCCGCGACGUCAAGAAGGUGGAGACGCUGAGGAAGCCUGCGGUGACGGCCAUGAACCGUACCACCUCCCUGCAGGAUGAGCUGAGCAGACUCCGCUCCCAGAUCGCCAAGAUCGUAGCCACAGAAUCUGGCUCCAACCCCUUGACCCCCGACCUCCUGUCCCCCGACGACACCAGCAUGAGCUUUUCAAUGGCGCCCUUCGAGACGGCGCCUUACCAGCCCGCCGCCUCAGCCUCCUUCGUCAUCAGUGACGUGACGGAAGAGGAAGAGGAGGAGGAAGAUGAGGAGGAUGUGGUGUCUGUGGUUUCAGAGCUUAUGCCGGACCCCAUGCCACCCGCAAACAUGUCUGCCUCUAUGACGGCCUCGGCGACCUUUGACCUGGACCAUCCCAGCAUGGACUUCCGGGAGGCGGAGGAGGACACAGUGUCGCUGUCCAAGUCCACCAGCUUUGCUGACGUCAUGGACAUCCUGAAGGACAUGAACCGCAUGAAGAUGAGCAAGGACAGGUGCAACAGAGGCUGCACCUCCCUGAUGGGCGAGUCGGACUCCGCCUCGCUGAUCUCCGAGGCCUUGAGGAAGAAGUUUACCCUGAAGGAUGAAGAUAUCAGGGGGAUGAAGAAACACACCUAGAGCCCCCGUAGUCCUCCACCUCCCCACGCCUGUGCCUGACGACCCAGUCCCGUGGAGACCCGGCUGCACCUCAUCAACCGUGGCAACGGUUAAACCAGACGGAAAAACAAACCACCACCUCCCAGCAGGCCCAGUCAGUCUGAACCCAAACAAAUCUAAACCGUACCCUAGCUAUUAAAAAUAUUGCCUAGUCAGACCAUGGUAGCAGCUGGCUGAUAGGCACUAUUAGACGGGUGCUGUUUGACGGAGCACAGAGAAUUUUUGACCAACCUUAACUUGUCGAUUCUUCCUCAAUUCCAGACUUGGAAGACAACUAAUGUCUUCUAAAAGUCCAUGUCUAGUUUCAGGGUGUUUGAAUUUAGAAAUAUCUAUUUAGUCUGCCACCCAUUAAUAAUGAUUAAAAAGAAAAGUCAAAAGGUUUGACAGCCGUACCAUAUAAAAUGCAAGUCAGUUGGGAACAGGUUUUUGAUGUCCCAAUACCUUUGCAUCGAGUCUAUGAACUGACAUAUAAAACAAUUAUUGACAUCAAUCUUCAUUUUAAUUUAAGCUAUUAUAAAAUACUUACUACAAAAGAAUGCUCAAUAUAUAUGGGACAUUCCUCACUGCCACGAGGAAAUAGAAUCAAUAGGACAGUCAGCCUUGUGCACCCUCUGCCACAAGGAAAUAGAAUCAAUAGGACAGUCAGCCUUGUGCACCCUCUGCCACGAGGAAAUAGAAUCAAUAGGACAGUCAGCCUUGUGCACCCUCUGCCAUGAAGAAAUAGAAUCAAUAGAACAGUCAGCCUUGUGCAGACUCUGCCACAAGGAAAUAGAAUCAAUAGGACAGACAACCUUGUGCACCCUCUGCCACAAGGAAAUAGAAUCAAUAGGACAGUCAGCCUUGUGCACCCUCUGCCACAAGGAAAUAGAAUCAAUAGGACAGUCAGCCUUGUGCAGACUCUGCCACGAGGAAAUAGAAUCAAUAGAACAGUCAGCCUUGUGCAGACUCUGCCACGAAGAAAUAGAAUCAAUAGGAAAGUCAGCCUUGUGCACCCUCUGCCACAAGGAAAUAGAAUCAAUAGGACAGUCAGCCUUGAGCAUACUCUGCCACGAGGAAAUAGAAUCAAUAGGACAGUCAGUCUUGAGCAUACUCUGCCACGAGGAAACAGAAUACUGUCCAUCGGUGGCUCGCUUUUGGAGUCAUGUCCUGGAAUGGUUAUGUCAUAUCAGGGUUCAGAUGGACAUGCCGACUAUUGUCAUGGCAUCGGAACAACCACGAAAGGUCAAUGGGGAAACAUCAUUGUAGUCUUGGGUAAAGUAUUUAUUUUCAGGGCAAUAUCGGUAGAAAUUUUACAAAUAGAGAAGUUCAGGAGCCUCGUAAGACAUCACUGUAAAAUGGAGGUAUGUAUUGCAGAAGGAAAUUGUUAAAUGGCGUUAUACUGUGAAAGAUGGGUUAAUCUGUGGACACCUUUAGGGUUGGCGUAAUACUGGGAAAGAUGGGUUAAUCUGUGGACACAGGAGGGCUGGCGUUAUACUGGGAAAGAUGGGUUAAUCUGUGGACAUGGGAAGGUUGGCGUAAUACUGGGAAAGAUGGGUUAAUCUGUGGACACCGGAGGGUUGGCGUAAUACUGGGAAAGAUGGGUUAAUCUGUGGACAUGGGAAGGUUGGCGUUAUACUGGGAAAGAUGGGUUAAUCUGUGGACAUGGGAAGGUUGGCGUAAUACUGGGAAAGAUGGGUUAAUCUGUGGACACCGGAGCGUUGGCGUUAAGAUCGGGAAGAAAAUGUGAAUUGGCUGCUGUGGGUGAAAAUCCAGCACUUGAAGAAAGAGUAAAUUAGAAAUAUAAAUGUAUAGUUAUUUAAUGACAGGUACUGUAGAUGUGAGUGAAAUAGCUGUAAAUAGCAGAAGUAUUGUAGUCUUGUUUAUUCCAAUCAGAGUAGGGAAAUGAUGCAAAUAAGGAGAUUGGAAAUGAUGCAAAUAAGGAGAUUGGAAAUGAUGCAAAUAAGGAGAUUGGAAAUGAUGCAAAUAAGGAGAUUGGAAAUGAUGCAAAUAAGGAGAUUGGAAAUGAUGGAAAUAAGGAGAUUGGAAAUGAUGCAAAUAAGGAGAUUGGAAAUGAUGCAAAUAAGGAGAUUGGAAAUGAUGCAAAUAAGGAGAUUGGAAAUGAUGCAAAUAAGGAGAUUGGAAAUGAUGCAGACAAUUUCAUGGAUAGAACCUAUAAUCUAUCUGCAAUAUUAAAGCUGAUCUAUUCGCCCCCCCCCCACACCAACAAAAAAAUCAAUGGAAUGAAUGUUUUGCUCCAUGAGGUAAUCCAACACUGUGUACAGCGCCAUCGUGCUCAUCUUCUCUCAUUGAUUAAGUCAGGUGGGUGUCCACCCUGUAGUGCCACAUGUCAUGAUUAAACUCAUUUGACUUUGAAAUAGUCAAGAAGGUGGCGUACAGAUUGUUGGAUUACUUCAUAGAUCAAAAAAUGUAUAACAGCAUAUUCUAAAUUCAAAACGAACUCCCUGCAACUAGAUAUGGAUGUUUUAGAAUACAUUUGGUCUUCCAAGUCAGGAAUGGAGGAAGUCUCGCCAAGUGAACGUUGGUUAAAUUCUGUGCUAUGCCAAACAGUACCUAACCUGUAACGUCUGAUGGAGCAUCACAUUAGCCAUUACAAUAUGCUAGCUAAACCACACCCCUCCUGUUAUUCAAUCAACAAUCUGUUUACACUCACUGUCUGCUCCCACACACCUCCCAAAAAGGUAGAUUCCUUAUCCCAUUGCUUCAGGAGCAACGUCAUGGCAACGUCAUUUUGUGGGCACCAUAUAACAUGCCCUACAGAUUCACCUGCUUUUGAUGGCUCUCGCUAAUCACCAGACUGACUCCAGUGCUGCCUAGUCAUCUUUUUAUGUACAGGCUGGGGUUUCUCUAGGAUAUCGUACCUGUUCUAGUACCACGAGAGAAACCAUUUCCCCCUUCUUUUUUUUUGACAAGCUUAGACUUUCAACAGAAGAGUUGUGGAUGGAUGCAUUUGUUGGAGUGGGAUAGUUGUAAUUUUUUCUCAUUUUGUUUCUGUAUAGUCGUGAUAAUACAUACUUGAAGUUGUAUGUACAAAUAAGACUGAGGUGAGUAACAGAUUACUACAAAACACUUAAUACUCUGUUCAUUUACAGCUAAAAAUCUAAUGUUUUUCAGUGUUAUGGCUGCAUUAUAAAUACAAUAAUGACCUUGCGGUCAUAGUCAAUGUGUACAACAUAGGUUUAUUUAUUUGCAGUCUUCUUCAGGACCUACUCAUUAACCCAUUGCAUCAAUACGAGAACAUGUUAUUGCUGUCCUUGGGGUAAUGACUCUCAGAAUUUAGCUUGAUUGAUGGCCCUUUGGUAAACGUGAUACAGAUAAAUAAAUCCCAAUUAAAAUCAGUGGACGGCCAUGGCUAAAUAUGAAUGAUAUGUGUUUGAUGUGUCGUCUUCGGACUUGUGUGAUACAAGGAAAGCUUGGAAGACUUAUAAAUCUACGGUAAAAUGUGAAUGAAAGUUUUCUCUUGUGUGAUGUUGCGCUAUAGCUGCCUGUUAAGACACCAGAGAACAACUGUACAGUUUUUUUUAUGUAGAUACAAAAUGUCAGAUUUCCCUAUGGUGUAGAAUGCGUGGCUCUUGGGAAUGUGACAAUGUGCAUGUUUACUGUCACGAUACACUAAAAGAUAUGAGUAUGAGUGACUCUUGUGUCUUUUUGAAAAUGAUCUCCUGUUGACGCCUUAUAACAAAACCUAUUGCCUCUUCCAAUAUGGCAGUUGUUCUUUUUAUUUAUUGGUUGGUGUGCCGUAACUUUCCACUGUUUUUGUCUUUUUUCCUCAGUUUGCCCCUAAACUUUUACGCAACCACCCAUAGGCACAUUGUAUCUGUCCCACUAUGGCGUCUGUGAGAGCACCGGCAGCGCCAUAGAGGCCAUCUCCAUUUUGAAGUAGUCAAUUUUGUCAUUCUCCUUCUAUGAGUUGGCAAACAAACUGAAAGGGUGCACACUGCCACCUAGAGUGUGUUUUGAACAGGUAUAAAGACUAGGUUCGGCUAUUUACUGCCACCUAGAGUGUGUUUUGAACAGGUAUAAAGACUAGGUUCGGCUAUUUACUGCCACCUGCAGUUAUGGAAUGUUUUCUCACAAGUAUAAUUCAUUGGCUGAUCCCUGCUGGUGACCUGGAUUUAAUUAUGUGAUCCUUCCUUAAGCCAUAGGAAUCCCCACCCAGAUUACUACUUUAAAAUGCUGGGAGCCCUCAAUGGCAAUGUCCAUGAAAAAAAAAGGUUUUCUACAUCUAGAGACCUCUAUCAUUCUCUUUGUCAACAACCACACUUUUGACAUUUGCAUACAUCAAGUGACUGGCUUGACUGCUUUGGGAGUCAAUCAUGUGUCAUUUCUUCUCCUUUAUCAUGAAACCCCUCCCCCUUCACAGAAGAAAUGCUUCUCCACUCAUUUUGAGUUCUUAUCAUAUCAGGAUAAGAUAAUUAUAUUACUCUUUGUUGAGAUGUGUGAAUACCACCUUGCGUCUAGGCAGUGGAACUGUAGUUUAGUUUGCAGUGAAAGCGAGGUCCCACAAAGUUAUCUAUGGGGUGAGAUAAGGACGCCCAGCUGUGUGCUAAGGUCUGUAUCUCGUCUGUUUUGUUUCUUUCUUCAGUGUCUGGCUCCUCUUAGGUCUUUUAACAAAUAUUCCCAUUUUAAGUGUGCAAAAUCGAGAGAAUCAAAGCUUUGAGCUGAGAAUUUCACAAAGUAUGCUUCAGAUGUAUUUUAUUUUUCCAGGUUUGGCAUUGCUCAUGUGGUCAAGAGUCUGUCUUUACAGGCGUUUUGUGAACCCCAUAGGUAACGGAACCAGAGCAGUUACUACUAUUCUUGGUGCACCGGUGUUCCUAUUGAUAGAAAGGGAUCUUUACUGAGCAUUUCAAUCACCAGCUUUGUUUUUAUUCUGCUUUGCGCCAUUUUUGUUUUGGAUAACUAUUGACCAUGCCACAUAAUGGUCUCUGAUAAUAUGCCCGCCAUACUUGUCAGUUUUAUUCUGCCAAAUGGAAGAAAGAGCUCUUUGUCUGUCUUGUUUUGAAACGUAAAUAAAGAUGGGCUGAUGUUUUAAA